UACAAUGCUACAAAUACGACCAAUACAACUGUUCUCUCAAUUCAAGGUCUGCUGGAGGCUCCCACAGAUGUAUACUAUACAGCCAGUAAAGAGAGUGUGAUAGUGUCAUGGAGUCCUCCAUUCACCCUGGAAGGAGUCCCCAUACUCCACUACAGUGUCUAUAUCACCAGUCAGGGAGUCUCAGAACAGAGAAACACCACUGAAACACACAUCACUCUGGAGAGACCAUGUGCCAGCACCACCUACCAGAUCAGUGCAUGGAAUGAAGUGGGAGAGGGAAAUGCUACCAGAAAAGCAUUCUUGAUGAUCUUUGAAGCAGCUGUCGAAGUUAUUAGUGAGCUGUUAGAACCAGGAAUAUGUCUUUCCUGUUCUUUCUCCUCUGAUUCGACUGCUGAUGGCUGCACUGUCAAAAUGGAAAAUGAAAAACAUGUUUUUGUUUUCAAUGCCACCCGAAGCAAUAACAAUGAUGACAACCUUGUACUACUGGAAUGUUUCUCAGUUCCAGAAGGAGGGGAGUACAGUGUCAGUGUCCAUGAGAUUCACAACAGUGUUGUACAGAAUCACAUUGGCAUUCUAGUGAACAGCAUUACAGUUUCAAUUACAAAAGGUAUGCCUGUGGUAUCACUGUAACAACGAAACUAAAAUUACUAUGUAUGUUACUUGUAGGUGCCUCAGUCAAGUAUUCCAAUGUGAAACCAGUGAGUGGAGGGAUAUGUGCCUUUUGUGUUUUCACAAAUGGCUCUACUGCUAAAGGAUGUUCAAUAACACUAUUCAGUGAUCAGAUUACAUUAAACUACACGAUACCUCGUCACUCAGCUUAUGACAUAGCAUUACAGGAAUGCUUCAAUGUGCCACAAUCAGGAUCAUACCAUGUACUGGUAUCAGAGAUUCUAAUGGAUGGAUCAGAGGGCUACAAUACACUGGAGCUACCUGAUAUCACUAUAGCAUUAGCCUCUGCAACUGACAAUACUGCCAAGCAAGAAAAUGGGACUCCAACAGUAACUGGACUUUCUGCUGUCCUUGGUCUAACACUGCUGGGCUUG